GUAUCCUAUGCAAUAGACAAUUGACAAAGGGUUUUAUCAAAGCAAGGUUUGCGUCAUCGACAAUGGUACUGGCUUUACGAAGAUGGGGUGGGCUGGAAACACUGAACCAUAAUUCGAUAUCCCUACUGUUGUGGCAGAUCAUCAAGAGAAAUAAAAAGUUCAAAUGAGCAAGAAUACCAAUGAGAAUUUGGAUUACUACAUCGGAUACGAAGCGUAUGACUACACCAAGUCUCACAAUAUCUUCUAUCCAAUGAAGAGUGGAAUCGUAGAAAAUUGGGAUCUCAUGGAGAAGUUUUGGCACAGAAGUAUAUUUGAUUACCUCAGAGCUGAACCCGAUGAAACAACCUUCAUUUUGACUGAACCACCUAUGAAUCCUCCUGAAAACAGAGAGAACAUUGCAGAAAUCUUUUUUGAAACCUUCAAUGCCAAAGGAUUACACAUUUCAGUUUAGGCAGUCCUGUCCCUUUUCUCCACCGGAUUAACAGGUAUGGUCUUGGACUCAGGAGACGGUGUGACACAUUGCAUUCCUGUCUCCGAUGGUUAUGUGAUAGGAUCGUGUAUCAAACACAUACCAUUGGCAGGAAGAGACAUCACCCAAUUUAUCUAAAAUUUAUUGAAGGAAAGAGGAGAAAAUAUACCAGCAGAAGACAUUAAAAAAGUAGCAAGGGAAGUUAAAGAGAAAUAUGGCUAUUGCAUUGGAGAUGGAGAUCUAAUCAAGGAAUUCCAAGCCUAUGACAGAGGAGAGAAGAACAAAUUCAAAACCUAUUAUGGAAAGAGCUCAGUUACCAAAGAGAAAUACACUAUCGAUAUUGGUUACGAAAGAUUCUUAGGUCCUGAAAUGUUCUUCCAUCCAGAGUUUUUAGAUGGCAAAUGGAGAUCUCCCAUUGAUGAAAUCAUUGACAAAUCCAUCUAGACUUCCCCUGUCGAUUGCAGAAAGAAACUAUAUCAAAAUAUCAUCUUAUCAGGUGGAUCCACUUUGUUUGAUGGCUUUGCUCAAAGAUUGGAGCAACAAGUCUAACUGAGAAUUGAUUCCAGACUCUAAAAAUAUGAAGUCAGGUCUGGAUUCAAACCUGCAUCCAUCAAAGUCAAUGUUACUCAGAACCCCUUCCAAAGAUAUGCUGUUUGGUAAGGAGGAAGUUUGAUGGCAUUAUAACCACAAUUUGAGAAGGUCUAUCACACUAGAUAAGAGUAUUUCGAAAGAGGCCCAUCCAUUGCCAGAUACAAUGCAGUCUUUUAGCCAUAGUAUUGAAUGUAUGUUCACAUUAAAUAAGAAAAUUAAUAUAUAUA